AUGAACACUAUGACCGAUAACGCCUCUCUGAGCUUAUCAGAGCAUCUUACCAAACUGAUACCGGGAACUGGACGACGCGAACUUCGUGAAUCCGUGUUGCCAACGCUCUUACGAUCCAUCAUAGAUGUUUCCAAAUGCCUUCGGUCAUCUCUUGACAUUCGGCAAGCUGGGAGCAUCAACACGUCUGGGGACAGCCAACUCAACGUCGAUUUGGCCACCAACGAGGCUAUCCAUUCCGCUAUCAGGACAUGCCCGUCGAUCGUGGCAGCAAGCAGCGAGGAAGACGAGGGCGAGAGUCCAGUCAAGCACAUCGGCGAGCAAGUUUCACGGCCCGUUACAAGCGAGCAGUACGCAGUCGCUUUCGAUCCGCUGGACGGCAGCUCCAUCAUUCCAGCCAACUGGGCCGUCGGUACGAUAAUCGGAAUCUGGGAUGGCAAGACUGGACUGAACCAAGACCCCAGAUCGAGGCAAAUCGCGGCAAUCCUUGGGGUUCUCGGCCCACGAACUACGGCGCUAGUCGCACUUCGGCUUCCCGAAUCGGGUACUCCGGCCUGCUUCGAGGUUGGACUCGACGGCGAAAGCCAGUCUGUACAGGUGUUGCGAUCAGACGUCAGAUUUCUGGACGCGACUCGGGUGAAGACGCGAUACUUCGCUCCGGCCAACCUGCGCGCCGCCGCACAGAAUCUCGAAUAUGCCUCACUCGUCAGCCAUUUCAUCAGGAACCAAUAUACUCUCCGCUACUCCGGCGGCUUGGUCCCGGAUGUCGUGCACGCGCUCAUCAAAGGCCAUGGCAUCUACAUUUCACCAGUAACGUCGGAAAGCAAAGCGAAGCUGAGGAGGCUCUACGAGCUUGCGCCGAUUGCGCUGCUUGUCGAGUGUGCUGGAGGAAAGGCGGUCGACCCAAGCAGUGGGGUGAAUAUCCUGGACACAAAAAUUGCGACAGUAGAGGACAAAGCCGGCCUGGUGUGCGGGGCGACGGAGGAGGUCGAUAUGGUGAUGACGAGGCUCAAGACGGCCGCCUGAUCUGAACAAUAUUCAAGGUCAGAGCGGGGAUGACCGACUCAUAACGACUCCCGACUCUUGAAUAGAAGUUAGACCUGUAUGGGCCACGGCGAAUUGCCUGUCGGAUAUGAUCUCUGGUCUCUUUGGUGCGUUUUCAUUGUUGUUGGAAGAAUCGAACUUUGUUGAUUCUGAGCCGUGUGUUCACACACUCUCAAAGACGUCACUGUGGCUUAGACCCUUUCUCAGCCACUAGAAUAAAACCCACGGAAGAAGCCGAAAGUCAAAUGUCCAGCGAUGAGUUUGACUGUCGAUGUUACUUGUAUUUGCUCAGCCAUGGGGCGAAUUGAAAUUACUCCA